AUCAACAUGGCUACCUCAAGUGACGGAAAGGAAAAAGAGAAAACUUUGAAUAACAAAUCGACCAUAUGGGUUGGUAACUUGGACAGGCGACUGAGCGAAUAUAACCUCCUGAAAAUUCUUCAGCGGUUUGGAGAGAUCAAGAACUUUGACCUCCAUUUUCAUAAAUCUGGUGCAAGAGAGGGAGAGCCAUCUUACUGCUUUGUUGAGUUCAAAACCUUCCAGGAAGCAGAAAAUGCUCUGCUUGGAUUGAAUGGCAAACUAGCACUGUCCAAGCCUCUGACCGUAAACUGGGCAAGGAAAAAAACUGGAGAGGCUGGAAAGAAAGAGAAAGAUAAAGUUAUAGCAACCACUCCAGGCUCAUCACAAAGUUCACUAGAUAGCUGUGACUCCAAGAUACAAGCAAUUGAGGCCAAGCUCAAACUGAUGGAAAGUGGACAUGAAAAAGAACCAUCUGGCCAAGGAAAACAUCCUCUUCUAGUCCAGAGUGAGCAAUUAAGGUCUCACCCAUACAAGAAGCAAGAAAGACACCACAGAGGAAGAGGAAGACGUGCAAGAUGACAGUGAUCCCUUUUAGACUCUCCCUGUCUUGUUAAACUCUUUAACUCCAAAGAUAUGAUUGCUAAUUCUCCCAUCUAGCCACUAAACAUAUCCUUGUAAAUUAGUUACAAGAAUUUGGUGGUAUGUCAAGGUAACAACUUCCACUUAAUAAAUUUUAGUACUCUCAUCACCUGUUUGCAGGACAGUGUAUGAAUAUUGUAGGAAUAAGUUACAUAUUAAUUACUUCUGGGAGUUAAAGGUUUAAUUCCAUGUGGCUGAGAAAAAGUUUAACUUUUAACUAUAGUGAAAUGUUCUGUAAAAUGUUGUACAGAGGUUGUUGGGAUCAUUUUAAAGUAUUUAACAGCUUCAAAAAAUAACUAGCUGACAUUACGGGAAUGAUGUGGAACAAGACACUGCUAUUGAAAUUCAGCUCCAAGGUAAAAAGCCUGGGGAUUCUGCAAGUGUGUAGGAUUGCUUUGAUUCACUGAUCCAGAAGUUAAAAAAUUUACUUGCAGGUGUUUUUUAGCUUACUAUUUAAUGCCUGAGUGCAUAUAAAUUAGAACCCUUUAACUACAAUACACGUACAACAUACACAUACAAUUCAAUCUAGUAAAUAUGUAAAAAUGUAAAUAACAUGUUAUGACAAAAAUGAAAUGAGUAAUAAAUGAAAGGCACAGGUCUA